UCCUGUAGCCGCCACAGGAGCGAGGAGGAGCCGGCCAGGAGCAGCUCUCCCGCCACAUUGGAUGGCAAAUGAGCUCCGAGAAGAAGAUGACUUCUAUUCUUUCCCCUCGUCGUCCUCUACUGCUGCUAAUGCUGAUGCUGCUUUUGUUGGCAGGGAAUCAAGCACUUCCUCCAAGGAAUGACGGACAGGGAGAAGAUGUGGUGACCAGAUGUUUGAUGGAAGUUCUGUCCAAAGCUCUCUCCAAACCAGACGCUCAGCUGGAUCAGGAAUGCCAGGACAUCCUCCAAGCAGGGGUGAAACAUGCACCGCUGGACAAGAAGAGCGAUGAAGCCAACCGUGAAGAGGAGAUGAAAGAUCACGGAGAUGAGCCCGAGGCCAAGGGCGCAGACGUGCGAGAAAUCCAAGCCCUCCUGCAGUCCGUGGAACCUAAGAGGGAGAACCCGGAGGAUGAUCGCAGUCAGGAAUCCUGGAGUCUGGAGAAGAGACACCAGGAAGACGAGGCAGAGGAAGGGGGAGAGCGGGAAAAGAGGAGCAGCUGGAGGCCGGGAAGGUACCACCAGAGGAAGCACAAGCGAGAUGAGGAGGCGGAAGACGACGGAGAGCGCAGCCAAGAGUCCUGGGAUUUGGAGAAAAGGUACGGGGACGAUGAAGAGGAACGGGAAAAGCGCAUCUGGAAGCCCAGGCAUCGCUAUCACCACAAGAAGAAGCUCCACAAACGUGGCGACGACGCUUCAGAUGAAGAGGACUACGAAGAACGCAGCCAGGAAUCCUGGGGUCUUGAUGAUGAGAGGGAUAAGAGGGAGUGGAGACCUGGCAGGUACCACCAGAGGAGACACAAACGGGAUGAGGAAACCGAUGAGGAACGCAGCCAGGAAUCCUGGGACUUUGACAAGAGAGACUGGAGACCUGGGAGGUACCACCAGAGAAGACACAAGCGUGACGAAGAGCUCUCAGAAGAUGGCAAAGAGGAACCCGAUGAGGAACGCAGCCAAGAAUCCUGGGAUUUUGACACCGAUAUAUACAAGAGAGACUGGAGACCUGGGAGGUACCACCAGAGAAGACACAAGCGGGAUGAGGAACUCUCAGAAGAUGGCAAAGAGGAAGCAGAUGAGGAACGCAGCCAAGAAUCCUGGGACUUUGACAAGAGAGACUGGAGACCUGGGAGGUACCACCAGAGGAGACACAAGCGUGACGAAGAGCUCUCAGAAGAUGGCAAAGAGGAACCCGAUGAGGAACGCAGCCAAGAAUCCUGGGAUUUUGACACUGAUAGAUACAAGAGAGACUGGAGACCUGGGAGGUACCACCAGAGAAGACACAAGCGGGAUGAGGAACUCUCAGAAGAGGCCAGAGAGGAUCCUGAUGAGGAACGAAGCCAGGAAUCCUGGGAUUUUGCAGAUAUAGAGAAGCGCAUAUGGAGGCCCAGGCAUCGGUACCACCACAAGAAGAAAUACCACAAGCGUGGAGGAGAAUCAUCAGAGGAGGAGGAUCUGAGGGGCGGUUCUGAGGACUCUGAUGAUGACAGAAGUGACGUUCUGAGGUAUCUUCCAGACAAGUGGAUCUCACGAGGCUCCAACCACCCCGCCUGGUACAAGAAGGACCCCGAAGGUGCCGCUACACCAAACGAGAUGGCGGCGGCGGCCAAGUUGCUGAGCUACAAACUCAACCGGAUGGCCGGCCGGGAGGGGCCGAAGGGCGGUAUGCAACCGAGAGCUCUCACCGCGCAGGAGGAGAAAGCGCUCGACAACCUGGCGGCCAUGGACGCAGAGUUGAAGAAUAUUGCUGCCAAGCUGCAUGAGGAGGAAGAAUGAGCUUUGUAAAAACAAAGAAGAAGAAGAAGAAAAGAAAGCUCUGUUUAAAUGUCGCAUUGGUCAUGUGAAUGUGUUUAAAAAAAAAAAAAAAAAAAAGCUUGCUGUGUUUGUGCUAUUCGGACGUGAUCUCCAGCAUGGGAACGUUAUUUAGAUGUUCGUAUCCACGUCAUUGUGCUUGGAUGUCUGCCGCCGUUGUCGUCAAUAAAAAGCUAUUCUGGAACCGAA